AUGACUCAACCCAAUAUUUUUACUAUAUGUUCGCGUCUAAAUAAAUAUUUGGAACGUGUAAUCGAAAAUGAUGGUGAUCCACAAUCAGCUCAAAGAUCUAUUGAUGAACUAGUAAAAAGUAAUUAUAAUUUACGUGCAAAAGAAGCUGGUGCAGUUCUUCGACUAAUCUUUUAUCCAUAUGGUAGUCGCACACUCGUACAUGGACAGAAGGUAUAA